AUGUCUUCUGCAUCUGCCGCCUCUGCCGCUCUCCCGGCCCCCGCGACCGCGGUCACCCACGACGCGCACGCGGCCCUUGAGAUGAACCCCAUGGACUCGUUCUUCGGGUACGCUCUCAACGGCGCGGCGCCUACCCACACCUGCCGCCAUGAUCGGCGCCUCUCCGCUGACGUCGAGGCUCCCCCCGCGUACGAGGAGGACCCCUCCCCGCCGGAGUACACGAAGAAGUACGAGCCCACGACGCUCGCGAUGUUCUUGUUCAAGUUUGGCUUCUUGUUCCCCCUAUUCUGGAUCAUCGGAUCCUGCAUCCUCCUCACCCCCCUCUCCGCACCCGCGCCUCCGUCCGAUGAGGACGUCGAGGCUGCGUGGAUGCCUGAGAAGACGGAGGAGGAGCGUGCGCGCAUCGUUGCGCACAUUCGUAGUGUCGAGGUCAAGUGGGCCAAGAGGUGCCUCUUCGCCCUCCUCACCCUCCUCGUCCUCGGCGUUGCCGCUGGCAUCGCCGGCUGGGCAGUCAUGUCGCACCGAGCCUAA